UUUUUUUUUUUUUUUUUUUUCAUUUAUUAUUUGUUAAAAUGGCAUCUGAAUCUACUGCUUCCCAACAGGAAAAUGAUGGCCUCCUCAUUAGACAUCAAAACAGAAAUAUGGAAAACGUGAUAGAGCUGCGCAAUAAGACGCCAGCGUGGAAUGAAGAGACGGCGUCACACGUGUUAAACUUCAAUGGCAGAGUCACACAGGCCUCCAUCAAAAAUUUCCAGAUUGUGCAUAACAAAGACCAGGACUACAUUGUGAUGCAGUUUGGGAGAGUAGCAGACGAUGCCUUCACUCUGGACUUCAGGUAUCCUCUGUGUGCCGUACAAGCCUUUGCCAUCGCUCUCUCCAGCUUUGAUGGCAAAAUCGCCUGCGAGUAAAAGCGUAAAGACACCCUGCUGGUGUCUUUCUGUGAUUUCGUCACACGCAGCAAAUGGGAAACGUUCUCACUCAGCAUCAGCUCAAUAAAUCUGUCAAAUAAAGCCACCAUUGCUUGUGGGGUUGCAUGAUUUUACAUGCCAUAGAGAGAUCUGCUGGUAAUAUCCGCUUGGGCUAAAAUCAAGGUAAUGGUUGUAGAGUGGGUGAACUGAGAAGGAGGGAAGUGCAUUGAGAUGUUUGAUUUGAGAGUUUGAAAAAUGCAAAUGACCCCUGGUGGUGAGGAGGUCACAUUAGACGUGAUGUGUGUUUGAAAAGGGGAAAAAAGAAACAAUGGAUUGUGUUUUAGUUUUAGGUUAUGCAUACAAUGCAAUUAGGAAAAAUGUGUUUUAACAUUGUCUGCUUCACAUUUGAAUAAAUUGUUAUCUUAUACUAUGAAUAAAAAAGCACUUUGUUUAUAGGAAUAGUUCACCCAGAGUUGAAAAUGUGCUGAAAAUGCUCACCUUCAGGCCAUCCGAG